GUAUGUGCGGCCGUGGGAAAGAAUUUCGAUGGGCAAACUGUGGAGAAUGCAGCGGCUCGGAAGGAGUGGCAGGCAAUGACCGAAGAAGCGAGAGAGGAGUGGAAGCUCUCCUACGGUUCGUAUGUGGCUGGUGCACCGGAGACCGAGCAGCGGGACGUUAGCACCCCGAAGAGGAGCAAACAGCCAGCAGCCACCAGCCCUUUGUCCACUGAGAAGCAAUGCAAGCGCAUGCCGGAGGAGCUAGAGGGGCCGCAGCCUUUGCACAGCACUCGCGUGGACUCGCUCGAGGCCUUUCACAAACGUUGGAGGUCUGUCAAAGCUGACCUUCAGAAACACCCCUCGCCCAAAGACUACGCCAAGACCAAUGCCCAGACCAUGCACUUGCUGUACCUGGACGUGUUGCACUUGAUGGAAGCCGGCCACUUGCCGGAUAAUGCGCUGCAGGUGGAAGACAAGCUGCAAGCGUACCACAUCAACCGGCUGAAGCUGCCACGGGUCAAGGAGUUCAUGAGCAACUGCCGUCAGGAGAAGCGGAACGAGAAUUGGGUGGCAGACACGUUUCAACCAGGCCGGUAUGGCUGCGGCCUGUUGACGGUGCCGCAAAAGAAAGAUCUUCUGCGGCACGUUCAUGCCAUGUCCCUGAGCAACAUGUCGUUAUUCCCUGCCGAGAUUAAGCGCAGUAUGUUCAAGCUUGUGCUGUACAACCAGGGACAGAUUGGUCUGGAGGAUCCCGACAUUCCGUGGCAGCUGUUUGACAAGAUGUCCAGCACCAUACAGACAGUGUAUAAGGACUGGCGCAGCUGGGUCCGCGAGAACUAUCCGGCCCGCCUGGGGCUUGUCAACAAGCGGAUCAAAGCAAGGAGCUCGGCGCAAGCCAGCGCGAUCAACCCAGCAUCGAUCCGGGAGCACUUUGAUCAGCUUGACACUGUUCUCAAGCCUUUCGUAGCAGUGAAAGGCAAAGUCUCCAUGAGGGCAUGGGCCGACGUGUGGCCAGGGGCACGCAUUGUGCCCAGCGACGAGGGCUCCAUUACCACCUCCUCCUUCGUUCACUUUCUUGCUGAGUUUGGUGCCUGGAUCAGGAACGACCUUCAGCUGCCCAAGGAGCGGCAGGUACUCCUUCUCCUCGACAGUGGGGGCGGGUCGCAGAUUCAUAUAUCCGCCGAUGCCUCUUUGGUAGCCGAGCACUUUGCCAUACGACUCUGGUUUUUUGCCGCGAACACCACAGCGGCAUUCUGCAGCUUGGACCAGGAUUGCAAUGCGGCGGCAGAGGCCCGGUUUCACAAGCUCGUAGCCUCCGGUCACGACAUGAGCCCUCUCGGAGCGCUGCAUGCAGCACGAGAUGUUUGGGAUCACUCAUAUUGCAGCCCGCUCAUAGAAAGAGGCUACAAGAAGACUGGGAUUGUGGCAAAGAGUGCACUUCAGCGCAACACGCUCCUCGUAGACCGCGCGCCAGAGCUGAUGCGCUCAAAAGUUCCCAAGAAGGAAGUGGCCCUGGAGACGGCGGAGGCAGCAAGCUUGUUGCCUGGCGCGUACACGAUUCCCAAUCGGACAGAGGCCGGCCGCAAAUCUGAGGCCCUGUACUGA